AUGAAGUCGCAAAAUUAUCGCCCGCACUUGGGUAUAUGGUCCCUGUAUUUCUUAUCGGCCAGCGCCGGUAUCAGCGCCCAGAUUCAGGAGCCACUCAGAGCACCAAUUGACCCUCUAAAGUACAAGGCAGCGUGUCCGGACUACAAGAACUAUGCUAUGCGCCAGCAUCCACCAUACAGCGAGGGCCCGCUUGAGCUCCCCUCCCAACGACCCUCCAAGUACUGCCGUACUUUCGAAUCGCCGCUCGUCGAGAAGGUCAUAGAAGACAUGAAUGAGAAGUUGAUUGAUAAGGACCUCGCAAAGAUAUUCGAAAACGCAUUCCCAAAUACGCUCGAUACAACAGUACGGUGGCACGCUGAUGGCACGGUCAAGCCCAAACCCAGCAGAAAGUCGUGGGACCCGGCUGCUUGGAAAGGCCCGCAGAGCUUCAUAGUGACAGGAGACAUCAACGCUGAAUGGCUGCGAGAUUCGACAAAUCAGCUCGCCCAAUACCAGUCGUUGGCAAAAAAGGAUAAGGAGAUCCACAAGCUGAUUCUGGGCGCAAUCAACACUCAGUCCGAAUAUGUCAUUGGAUCGCCAUACUGCAAUGCCUUCCAACCACCGCCUCCGAGCGGCCUAAAUCCCACCCAUCAAGGCGAUGGCGAUACAGUGCACCCAGUGUACGAACCUUCCUUUGUGUUCGAAUGCAAGUACGAGCUCGACUCUCUGGCUCACUUUCUCUCUCUAGCAAACCAAUUCUUCAACAACACCGGGUCCACUGAAUUCGUGAACGCACGCUUCCUUCUCGCACUCGAUACUCUUGUAGAGGUUCUGGAAGCCCAAUCUCAGCCCACAUUCGACGAGGACUCUGGUGUUUUCCACCGCAAUGAGUACACCUUCCAGCGCCAGACCAACGCCGGAACCGAGACACUCAGUCUGGGCGGCGUUGGCAACCCUCUCGCCGGAGGCACUGGGCUCGUACGGAGCGCUUUCCGCCCUAGCGACGAUGCCACUAUCCUCGGCUUCUUUAUACCCGCCAACGCUAUGAUCAGUGUAGAGCUCAAGCGCGCCGCUGUCCUCCUCCGCAAAGCAGGCAAAAAGGAUUUGGCAAAGACCAUGCAAGAAUGGGGCCAAAAGAUUGAAGACGGAGUCUGGGAGCACGGUGUGGUGCAGCACAAAACCUUCGGGCGCGUCUUCGCCUUCGAGGUAGAUGGCUUUGGGUCGUCGAUUCUGAUGGAUGAUGCGAACUUGCCUUCGCUGCUGGCACUGCCUCUUCUCGGUUUUACGGACGCGAAUAACGAAGUCUAUAAGAACACAAGGAAGAUGAUCAUGCAGAAGAAGGGUAAUCCGUACUACCUCACUGGCGAAGAUUUCACAGGCAUCGGAGGACCGCAUAUCGGGUACCAACAUGCAUGGCCGAUGAGCGUUCUCGUGCAGGCUAUGACGAGCGAGAGCGACGACGAGAUUAUGAAGUGUCUAGGGAGCGUGAAGAACGUAAGCAGGAAUGGAUUGAUUCACGAGAGUAUCAACGUGAACAACUGGAGUGAUUAUACGAGGAGUUGGUUCGCGUGGGCGAAUUCGGUCUUCGCGCAGACAAUUCUGGAUCUUGCGAAGCGGAAGCCUCAUUUGCUUUUUGGAGAGGGCGCAGAGCCGUAUACGUUGUAG